AUGGCGGCGCCGCGGACGCUGGCGUACGACCUCGUCGGCGAGAUCCUCCUCCGCAUACCGCCGGAAGACUCCGCGUGCCUCGCCCGAGCCUCCCUCGUCUGCAAGACCUGGCGUCGGAUCCUCUCCGGCCCCGCCUUCCGAAGCCGCUACCGCGAGCUCCACGGGCCGCCUCCGCUGCUGGGAUACAUCCACGUCUUGAAGGGGGACGAACCCUACUUCUCUCGCUUCAUCUCCACCUCCGCUCUCCGUCCCGCAGGCCGCGAUUUCCCCGGGUGGCUCGUGCUCGACUGCCGCCACGGCCGCGCCCUAUUCGCCACCUCAAGACCCGACGCCGAGGGAGCCAUGGACCUGGUCGUGUGGAACCCCAUCACCAACGAGGAGCGCCGCCUGCCCAAGCCACCUCGGACCUUGCUGCCGGCAGGCGCCAGGCACGACUGUAAUGCGGCCGUGCUCUGCGCCGCGGAAGGUUGCGACCACAUCGACUGCCACGGGGGCCCGUUCCGUGUGGUCUUCGUCGUCACCUCUACCUCGUACAUGGAGACCGUCACUUCUGCCCGCGUCUACUUGUCAGAGUCCGGCGCAUGGAGCGAGACCACCUCUGUUUAUCACCACCUUGAGCUCGAGGAACGGUAUAUUUGUGUCGACAUGAUGCCCAGCGUCCUUGUGGGAGAUGCACUCUACUUCAGCUGCGGGAGGAAACACAUCCUUGAGUACCAACUAAGUGCCCAGCACCUGUCGGUGAUCGCCACGCUGGCCCGUUUCCAUGGCUCUUGCAUAGUCAUCAUGAAGGGGGGAGAUGAGCUGCUGAAACUCGUUGAUAUUGACAGGUCUAGCAUCUAUUUGUGGUCAAGGGAAGCGGAUGCUCACGGAAUUUCGAGUUGGGUUCAAAGCAGGACCAUCGAGCUCGAGACGCUGCUCCCCGAUGAUGUUCUCCCAGUAAAAUCUCGGAGGAUAUAUGUCAGUGGCUUCGUGGAGGGCACUGAUGUCAUCUUUGUGCACUCAUCUGGUUAUGUCUAUAUGGUCCAACUCAAAUCAAGGCAGGUCACAAAGAUGGCCAUUAAGUGGGGGAGACUAUAUCCCUUCACUGGCUUCGGCAUUCCGGGAAUUAAAGCAGCUUCUAUUUGCGAGGGACCAAGAGACGGUGCUUCAAGUGCAUGAAAAACACAAGGUGUUCUGAGUGAGGCAGGAAUUUGUCGUGGUGUUUGAAGAUGGCAUACAUGGGAUAUUGUGGUGAGACGACUCUUUAGGGUCUUUGAAUCAUUUAGUGGUGGAACAGCACUUCAGGAUAGCUAGGCUUUUGUGGUGGUAUUAUGUUCGUUCUUCGUGUACAGUGUGGAUUAGACUUCCCAGCCACUAUACUGUAAACCUGCGGGAUAAAGUACCUCAUUGGUGUCAAUGCUGAACCAUAGAAUAGUUGUAAGAUCACGGUAACAGCAGAUUGCUAUUGCCGUUGAGUUACGGUAUCCAUUCAUGAGUCGUAUUGACCGUUGUUCACAUGUUGCGAAGCUACCAUGCUGUUGCUUUCAGUAGGGUUGUUGACGUUUUUCUUAGGAAACAUAUAGGAUUUGCGAUAUUGUGCCUAUGCCAGUCUGAUGCUUGUAGCAUUAGCAUGGUCAUGAGAGCUUUUGGUUUAUCCAUGUGUGAUGCAGUGGCUCAAUAGCAAAGAAAUGUCUUGUCUUAAAAAUUAGCUGGCAGCGACAGGGCAGUCCUUUAGUUUUAUUUUUAGUUAGAUCAGGUGAUAUCGCCAUUCCUUAGAUGUGAAAUACCAUUAAGGCGGUUAUGUCAGUCAUAUGCCUAUAUUGUACUGAACCACUAUGUAGGGUUUUACUAGACAUAAUUUUUAGCUAUUCUAGAACCAUUCUGUAUUUGUGAAGAAACUGCAUGGCGUAGGGUUUUAAAACCCUGAAAUUCUACAGGGCAUCUCUUGGUGCAAUGGAAUUUACCAUGUGUGAGCUAUAAUGAUAAUUAAUAUCAACGCACGUGAAUACAAAUCAAGAUGCAGUAGUUAGUUCAGAUUGCAUAGAAAAUGGUAUUCUUUCAAUACUCAUUUAGGUAUAUUAGCAUGUUUGCUGUCCCUUGGAUGAAGCCAAAGUUUCUUAGUAGGUUACACGAGUCAGAACUUAUUCCUCACACAAGUUAGCAAUAUAUUGACAGAUAGUUUGUUAUAUCUGUAAUAUUUUAAUGUGUCUUUCGCUGCAAUAUAUUCUUAUCUAAAUGUGCCAACAUCCCUUUUUAUUUGGGUUAUUUCGUACUAUGUUUCAAAUGAAACCAUCCUCUGUAGUCUGAAGGAUGACUAGAGAAGAAGGGAUGAUUACUCAUUUCUGUGCCCCUUCAUUCAAAACGAAACCACGUCUACAGACUUAGUACUAGCAUCUUCAAGUUUUCCCCUAGUUCCUUCACUUCUCAGUAUUCCAUAGUUUCUUAUUUGCUAUAUUGUUGGUCUGGUUAUUUUUCCUCCUGUAGUUGCUUACUUGUAUUGUGUGGAGAAGAACUUUUGGCUAUUAUGUUUCGGAUAGAUGUAAUGUGUACAUUGCAUACAUGGUAGAAACAUAUAAACACGGUAUCCAUUGGCAGAGGUUGCAACAUUACGACAAAAGCACAAUUGUUCAGUUUCAAACUGCAUCGUAUAAUGUUUCCCAAUCCUGACAUCCUGUAGGCAAACUGGACUAUUGCAUCUCCCCAGUGCUAAAUCUCUUAGUAAACACAGAGUGAUGGCAUCUACGACUACCAUGUGUUAUCUUCAUGAACGAUAAUAGAUGUCUACAAUGUUAACCUAUCCAAAGAAAAGAUACAGAAAACAAGAACUUUGUUUAGUUUAGGUACACUACAAAAGAAGAAUGCCUUAAUAUAAGAAGGAAAUACUAUUAUUUUUGAAUGCUUAUUCAGAUAUAUCAACUUUUUUAUUGCACUUAUAUAGUUAUAUCAACUAGAGCUCCAAAGUUGUUAAGUUUCUAUAUUGGUAUUUUCUAAUUAAGAAGGCGUCAUGUUUGCUUGACUGUGCUAGUUCAGAAGGUCAGUGGCCACAUAUUUGCCUGUAUUUACGUUAUACAAGUCAGAACUCAGGACAGCUCUUUCCCUAUAUUAAUUGGCAAUCUAUGCCAGAUGGUUCUGUACUUUCAUGGUUCUUUCAAGGGACUGAACACAUCUUGUCCUCUAUGAUCGAAAGCUAGCCGACCGCUUGCAGAUAGUGAAGGCCAGUUAGUUCAAAACUACUUGUCUGUUCCCUGCCCAUAUCCUAUUUGCAGACCAAUACCUAAAUCAAGAGCUCAUAAGGAACAUAGGAGCUGAAUAUCGUUUCUUGCUACAGCUUAUCGUUUCUUGCUACAGCUCAUACGCAGAUAUUGUGAAUGCUAAUGACUGAGUAUUGUUGGCCACAUUGUAGGUGUAGAAUAAUUUAUGUAGAAAUUUAGUCUUUGUAGGAUAAACCACUCCCUAUAUUCUGUUCGACCUUGCCCAACCCAAUAAAUUAUUAAUGCAGAUAAUCAAUCAACAACUAAAAUGAUCCACAAAAAAUUGUAUUAAAACAACAAAUAAAAACAAGUUUCACUAAAAUACAUAGUUCAGUUUGACACUUCGAAUCAUUUAGUGGUGGAACAUCUCUUCAUGAUAAAUGGGCUUUUGUGGUGGUAUUAUGUUCGUCCUCCGUGUAUAGUGUGGAUCAGACCUAUAGCAUGGUCAUAGAGAUCACGAUAACAGCAUAUUGCCAUCGUCAUUGAGUUUAAGGUAAUUCAUGCAUGAGUGGUAUUGACCAUUGUAUGUGUUGCGGAGCUAUUGUGGAUGUUGUUUUCAGUAGGGUUGUUGACGUUUUUCUUUAUCAUGGACCGGGUAGAUAAACGGGAAAACAGCAUUUGCGUGGGAGCUUAUAAAAACAUCAUCAUUGAUCAACUUGACAGGUACUCUUUCCUAAUCUCUUUAUUUUGAAGCAUAUAUGAUUUCCGACACUGUGCCUGUGCCAUGUUAAUGUUUCCACACUGUUUCUUGUGGUUUCUGUCUGAUGCAUGUCACAUUAGCAUAUGCAUGAGAGCUUCUGAUUUAUAGUGUGUAUUUCACUGAAAUAUAAUCUUGUUUUAGAUGUUCUGACAUUUUUAUGUAUCUGGGUUAUUUCCUACUAUAUGUUUGUAAUGAAACCAUCCUCUGAAGGCUGAAUAGAGAAGAAGAGAUGAUUACUCAUUAGUACACUGUCGUUAAAAUGAUACCACUUACUAGAGACUUAGUACAUCUUCAAGUUUCCCCUAGUUUAUUCGCUUCUCAUUAUUCCCUAGUUUCUUAUUUGAUAUGGUUUGCUUAUUUUUAUUCUUCCUGUAAGCGUACUUGCUUACAUGUAUUGUGUGGAGAACAACUGUCGGCUAUUAUGUUUUAUAUAUAUGUAACAUGUACAUUGCAUACAUGAUAGUAACGUAUAAAUUUCCAUAUGAUCU